AUGAGUAAAGUGGAGAUACCAGCUGGUUUGAAGGAGCUGCUGCAGGGAUACACAGUGGAGGUGCUUCGCCGUGGGCCGCCGGACUUGGUCGAAUUUGCUGUGCAGCAUUUUACACGAAUUCUGGAGGGUCAAAGAAACAACCAAGGAGACAAGAAACGCAGCAAAAAAUCUGAACGGAGAGGAGUGAGCUUUGAAACAAAGUCAAAUACGCCCAAAAAGGUUGAGGAAGAGGAGGAGGAGGAGGAAGACACUGUUAAGCCCACCACCGGUAAAUACAAUCGCAGAGUUUCAGUUUGUGCAGAGGCGUACAACCCCGAUGACGACGAGGACGAUGAUGCAGAGCCUCGGGUUGUGCAUCCCAAAACGGACGUGCAGCGCCGCAGACUUCAGGACGCUUGCAGAGACAUUCUGCUGUUCAAAACACUGGAGCAGGAGCAGUUCUCUGAGGUUUUGGACGGCAUGUUCGAGGUGUUGGUCAAACCUCAGGAGCACAUCAUAGACCAAGGAGACGACGGAGACAAUUUCUACGUCAUAGAGAAGGGUGUGUAUGAUAUUUUGGUGCAGAAGGACGGAGUGAGCGUGUGCGUUGGAAAGUAUGACAAUAAGGGCAGUUUUGGUGAGCUGGCUCUCAUGUACAACACGCCGCGAGCUGCUACAAUCAUUGCAACACAGGAAGGCGCCCUGUGGGGCCUGGAUCGAGCCACAUUUCACAGACUGAUUGUUAGAAAUAAUGCGAAGAAGAGGAGGAUGUAUGAGGCCUUCAUUGAGUGUGUUCCUCUUUUGAAGUCUCUUGAGCUCUCUGAGAGGAUGAAGAUUGUAGAUGUUGUGGGAGCACGAGCGUUCAAAGAUGGAGAGCUCUUAAUAACGCAGGGGGAUGCGGCCGACUGUUUCUACAUUGUGGAAUCAGGAGCGGUGAAGAUAAUGAUAAAAAACAAAACGAAGGCAGGCCAGCAGGACAACACAGAGGUGGAGGUGGCUCGCUGCUCUAGAGGGCAGUAUUUUGGGGAGCUGGCGCUGGUCACCAACAAACCUCGAGCAGCUUCAGUUUACGCCGAUGGAGAAACCAAAUGUUUAGUAAUUGACAUCCAGGCUUUUGAGCGUUUGCUGGGACCCUGUAUGGACAUCAUGAAGAGGAACAUUUCCCAGUAUGAAGAACAGCGGGUGGCCAUUUUUGGCUCCAGUGUAGAUCAGCUACACUAGCACACCUACUUUUAAAAUGAAGCAGUAUUUAAGUACAUAGUGAACUCCCCUUGAGGUAAACGUAACAGAGCCUUCUGUUUUAUAUUCAGUAACAUGGAUUGAACUAUUGAACUCACGAUCAUAGUUAGAAAUGAUGUCAAAUGAAUGGAGCGGAA